UAUGUGUUUAAGGUUUGCUAAAAAAAGCCCACCAAUUAGAUGGAGUAGCAAGAAGCACCUAUAAUGGAGUUACUCAACACAACACUCACCAAUUUGACAUUUCUGCCGCCCCAAACCACCCACCUGACCUCCCAAACUCCGCCGCAUUUGCUAGCGGCGCAACCGUCCUCAUCCUGUUCUAUUAACUCCCACUCUUUCUCUCUCUUUUCCGACAUUGCUGGGGUUCGUUUGCUUCCCAGAUUAAAGCUUGGUUUAAGGAUUGAAUUGCUUGGGUGUUGAAACUGAAAGAAAAAAGAAGCUGAAGUGAAGUGUGAGGGAAGAGAGUCUAUUCUGGCUGAACUGUGUCGAGGCUUAAAUCGACAUGGUAAUGAUCCCAGUUGCAAGUGUUAUUGCAUUCCACACAGAUUUGAAUGCAUGAUAUGAUUUGCAGUUUUGGCAAACACCGAUCUGCCUACAGAGCUCUUAUAUCCAGAUUUGUUAAAGCAGGACUUUUAAAUCAAGCGAUUGAAACUUUUGACGAGAUGAUUAGUUCAAACUGUAGAGUUUUUAGUGUUGAUUACAAUCGGUUUAUCGGGGUUCUUAUCAAACAAUCCCGUCUCGAUUUAGCUGAGCAUUAUUACAACACAAUGAUCCCACAAGGGUUUUCUUUGAUUUCUUUUACAUAUUCGAGAUUUAUAUGCGCUUUAUGUGAGGUGAAGAAUUUUCAGCUCAUUGACUCUCUUCUUGAAGAUAUGGAAAAACUUGGAUCAGUGCCGGAUAUAUGGGCAUACAAUAUAUAUUUACAUUUGUUGUGCCAGGAAAAUCAAAUAGAUCUUGCUCUAGGCUUAUUACAGGAUAUGAUUCAGAAAGGUAGACUACCUGAUGCUGUAACUUAUACUAUACUUCUCAGUGGUUUGUGUAAGGUAGGGCAAUUUGACCAUGCUGUUGAGAUUUGGCAUACUAUGAUAAAGAAUGGGUUACAACCAGAUGAUAAAGCUUGUAGGGCUCUGGUUCUUGGUUUAUGUAGCGGUGGUAAAGUUGAUUUAGCUUAUGAGCUUAUAGUAGAUAUCAUGAAAUGUGGAGCAACUGCUGGUAUACUGGUUUAUAAUUCCCUUAUUAGUGGGUUUUGUAAGGUUGGUCAGAUCAGUAAAGCACUUGCUAUCAAAUCUUUCAUGAAGAAGAAUGGAUGCGACCCGGAUUUGGUCACAUAUAAUAUACUGUUAAGUUAUUGCUGUGAUCAGCUUAUGCUAAUAGAAGCUGAGAAACUGAUGGAAAAGAUGGAAAAGAAUGGACUCAAACCUGAUAUAUACAGCUACAACCAAUUUCUGAAGGGUCUUUGUAAAGCUAAGCGUCUGGAUAAGGCCUACUUGUUGCUUGAUGUUAUGGAAGUGAAAGGGUUAUGUGAUGCUGUCUCUUACAAUACUAUUAUUAGGGGACUAUGUAGUGGCCAUCACACUAAAAGGGCUUACAAGCUUUUUGAGGAAAUGGUUAGGAAAGGUAUCGUACCUGAUACUACGACAUUUACCAUCCUAAUAAAAGCUUUUCUUAGCGAAGGUAGUUCCAAUGUUGCCAAGAGUCUUCUUGAUCAAAUGACAGGAAUGGGGAUUUUUCCUGAUUGUGUUUUGUAUACCAUAAUUAUUGAUCAUCUUUGUAAGACGGGGAAGAUUGAUGCGGCUCAGGGUGUUUUCAAUGACAUGGUAGAGAACGGGACAACCCCGGAUGUGAUUUCAUACAAUGCUCUCAUAAAUGGGCUUUGUAAAGUUUAUAGAGUGAAUGAGGCUAUGAGAUUGUACACCAAUAUGCAAAAGGAAGGACCUUGUCCUGAUGAGGUGACUUUCAAAUUGAUAAUUGCAGGGCUGAUACGGGAAAAGAAGAUUUCAGUGGCUUAUGGCUUGUGGGACGAAAUGAUGGAAAAGGGAUUUACUCUGAAUAGAUCAAUCUCUGAAAAACUAAUUAAUGCACUACAUUCAAAAGACAGUUCAUAGUUAAGUGAUACACUAUUUGAUAUUUUGAUCCUGUUGUUGAGGCGCUAACUGGCUGCAACCUCAAUUAAUUUCCAAGGGUUGCAUGAAUUCCGGGCCAGAAACACUUUAAAAUUUCCUUUUUUUUCGUAAUUUUGGCACAAAGAGAUGUUGCAGAUACACGUAUCUUGUUUAAUUCACCAUCAGCAACUUGCAACCUUAGUAUGAGAAGGUUGUACGGGCUUGUGAUUUUUCAGAGAACUUACAGCAAACAAGUUAAGACAGAGCAAUGGUUUCGUUGCUCUGGGUUUAUAGUCAAGGUUAGUAGCAAAGAGAAUUAUGCUUGCAGACAGGGACAAACUACAUCAUUGGCAGCAAAUAGCUAUGAUGAAGAGCCUGCCUUUAAUAGAGGAGCUCAACUAGGGUUGUUCCACUAAGUUCUCAACUCGUCUAUUGUGACUUCUCACUUCAAGAAAUUGCUAAUUUAAUGAGUACAAAUCAAAGGCUUGGAUUGAAAUGGACUCUGACAAAGUCCAUUUGGAGCUCGUUGCUGAGUAGAAGGACCAAGUGUAAGGUCUGAGGAGUGCUUCCAGUAUGUUCUACAAGCUAUCUAGCUGCUAAUGGACACAACCCAAAAUCAACCCGAAACCCUAAACCCGAACCUGACCCAUUGACCCGAAUUGCCACCCCUAAUUCUAGCACCAGUUCAUCAUCCCCAUCAACCUAGCUCCCAACUCGAAGAAUGCAGAAGGAUUUCUGGUGAACAGCCAAAGAGUGAGAGCAGAGUAGAAUGGCUACAGUUACAGACUUGCAGUGUUACACACAGAAAAGUUGAGAAAGGAAACUACAGAUGGAUGAAGGAGAGAGAUGAGCAUUCAACAUGCAAUGUUGCUGGAAUUCUAGAAAAGACAUUCAGGGAUACUUGCAGUACUUCUUUCACCCCAAGUCAGUAGAUCAUUUUCAAUGACUGUACUGUUCUCUACUGUUUUUUGUAGAGUUAUAGUCGUUUCUAACAUCUGUAUGUAAAGAAAAAGUGAAGCGUUGGAAUAACAUAAGUCACCUUCUUCUUUCAUUCUAUGUUUUUUUUUAUUGAUACUUUUGUGAAUGUUGAGAAGUUUAGUUCUUGGAUAAACGUAGACACAUAAUACAUGAUUACUUAUAUGAAGUGCAGAAGCAGGAUUUUGAUAA